GACAUAUUCAACCCUUUUCACACAUGAUUGCUCGUCUGACUUGUCUAUUCUUCUUCCUGCAUGACCGUUGCCCAUAACCACUCGCUCAACUAGAUCGACCGGUUCCAUCUCCGACCUUUGCCGUAACUCUCCAGACAUCGCGGGAAUUUCAUCAAGUACCGACCCUGUAGAUCAUCAACAUGUCCAAUUCGUCUUCACCAAAACAGCCUCCCAGGCCGCGACCUCUCCAUGUAUCUAGAUCCUUCACCCGUCUGGAAGCGAAUCCCGAAUCCCUUCCACCUUCCCCCUCCCGCGCAAGAGCGAGCACCAUUCAGACCAUCCCUGAAGCAAAAGACAUAGCCUCCUUCUCACACGGCGAUGUCUUUGAGAGCGUCGAUGAGGAAAAGGCCGAAGAACCUACUGUCAAUGUCCCUGCCACAUGGGACCAACUCCCUAUCGAGAUCAGAAGCCUGAGCGAGCGUUUCUUCAAGUCGCUGUCCGUCAAGACUCACGCCAACCCGUUAAACAUCGAUACCAUAUCCGAACUGUUCCAAGAUUUCUACGAACAAGCAGAAUCUCACAUCUCAACACACAUCGCAACCCUGUCCACUCGUUUGUCAAGGGAGAAGUCGCCUUCGCGUUCUGCUGCGACAAAGGCUCUGGGCAAUACACUCAAAGGCAGGAAACAAAGCGCCGAACAGGCCGUCUCUCCGAACGGUCAAGGAGAGCAGCAGAUGCUGACAGCCUCGGAGGUUGCCGAUCGCCGCAAAGCUCGACGAGAUCUAGAGAUCAAGAGACUGGCUUUGGAGGAAGCUGUUGAGAGAGCCGUGUGCGAAAAGGUCUACGAUCGUAUCUACAGACACAGGAGUGCCGAUGAUGAGGAAAGAGACGCGAAGCUUCGUUCAAGGACUGCUGCCCUUUCGCUGGUCGGUAUUGGCUUGAAAGAGCUGCAUGUCGAUAUUGAGCCAGCAAAGGGCAACGGCUUACCAACCGACGAGAAGGAUUUACAUGAUGAGAUAUUCAAAUUGCUUGCUCCUGCGAGAGACCACCUUCGACGAAUGGACGACCAUCAUUAUCCACUUGGAAAACUGCAAAUGCUUACCGAGGCUCACAAAAGCAUUGUUGAAACACUAUCCCGCAUCUUUCCUUCGACCUCUUCUGCUGAUGAAGUCCUUCCAACUCUCAUUUACACCUUGAUGACUUCGGAGCCAGAAACGAUAAACGUCAUCAGUAAUCUGCAUUUCGUCCAACAUUUCCGUGCUCGUGCAAAGGUUGAUGGUGAGGCUGCCUACUGUCUGGUCAAUCUCGAAGCCGCCAUCUCCUUUCUCGAGACUGUCGAUUUAUCGUCUCUUAGGGCCGACGAAGCCCCUCAAGGCGGUCAACACCCAGAAACUCGUCAUGAGAGAUCCACUGAUCUCGGGCGACCAUCUAGUCCAAGAGCGCUUGCUCCCGGAUUAACAACAACAUCAGCCAUUUCCUCUGAUAUCAGUCCAGGCGACACAUCUAUCAAGCCUCUUCCUUCACAAGCCGCUCUUGAAAACCCUUCACGGCCUGGUCUUACACAACGACGCUUCUCAUCUUUGAUACAAGCACAAGCCGAACGCAUCGAAGCCGGUCGAGAUGAACUUAUGAACUCAGCCGAUCAGGCCUUUGAUGCCAUCAACUCGACUCUAGAGAAUAGCUUCAAGUUCCUCUUCGGCCGUAUGAAAGAGCAAGGCGCCGGAACUUCAGACUCUCCCAUCGUUAUGCCCAGGACGCUAGAGGAUGCUCGUAAGCUUGUUAGUUCGCCACCUCUGGUACCCAUCGAUAGCCAUCCAAACUUUGCAGAAUCACUAUCUGCUAGUCCGACCGCAGACCCUCUCACCACGCCUCGCACAGAUAACACCAUGCUCAACUUGGUCGGCGGUCGUCUACGUGAACGCAGUGUAGACAGUAAUCGCAGCGCAGGCAGUGGCAAGCGUGUCAUAUUCGCCGAGAAGCCAAAUCUCGCACUCACAAAUAAUGGCAUUUCCUCGUCGCUUCCGUCACAGUCGGCGGUUGAGUCUAUGGGCAAUCUCAUGAACUCCAUCAACCCCCUUUCACGCUUUGGUGGCUUUGGCAAGUUCGGUCGCUCAGCUUCUGCUAGUGGCUCCUCGACUCCAACCACACCUGCCGCUUCGACGGCUGCUAUGGCCGAAAAGACCAAGCAGUUAGGUCACAUCCCCGAGUCCGAGAAAUCUGAUGGAACUAGUGCUGUACAGCCAGAACCAGACUUGGAUGCUUUGGAGGCUUUGGCGUUGCUGAAAAAGGCAACCCCUCCGAUACAGAGGUUUGUGGAGGCGAAGAAUGCUCAGGAUCUGAGGAUUAAAGAUGUAGAUGAGCUGUUGAAGGAUUAUCAGCGAUUGGCAGCUUUGAUUAAGGAGACUAUCAAUGCGUAGUUGAAUUAAUCAAGGGUGCCGACUCUGGAUCAUGACAUAAGAGGAGCACAGUUCAAGGCCCAGAUGGAAUUAUGAUGAAGUGCAGCGCUGCAAGAAGACACUCUUGUCGAGAUAUGUAGGUUUCUAGAUGGUACUCCUGAGAGCUCAGGAAAUGCACAUGAAUCAAAUGCUCAAGGUCCAUAUUCCCGUUCGUUUUGUCCUCGUCAGUGGUUUUUAAAGCACUUGGUGUCGAGAUGCCUUACAAGAAUGUCUGCCAAAGUCAUGCCGCACUUCGCUAUGACUCUCUCGGUCCUUUCUCGACUCUGACGCUGAACACAACAUGAUCGCCCCAAGACUCCUCCUCC